AUGAAUUCGGCCCUAGUUUGCAAAGCGUUCAGUCAUGCAGCUCUAGACAUCUUGUGGGAGGAAGUAGAGGACUUCCUCCACUUAUUGAAGACCAUCGGCCCAAAUCUCGCACAGGACAGUCCAUCGCAUUAUAUUCUGCGAGGAUGUAUACUCCAAGCCCGAUGGGAGAGAUUUUACAGCUAUGCCUCCCGCAUUCGGGUAUUACACGUUGGUGAACACGAAACGAAGUAUACUAUCAGUACCUCCGUGUACGAUCGGCUCACGUUCCAAGCACGGCACCGUCGCCUCUUUCCCUCAUUGGUCGAUCUUCAUUGGAAGGCGCGGCGUGCGGUUGGUAGUUGCCUGCUGACUUUCAUCACUCCAUCGCUCCGUCGUGUUCGGGUGACGUAUGAGCUGAAGACACGGACGGGAGAGAGGGCCACACCGGAUCAUUCCUUUCGCGACGCUCUGUACGUCCUGGGCUCUGAGGCUCCUCUUUUUUCUGAACUGGAACUACUUGGAAAUGUCUGCUACUCGCGGUCGUUGCCCGCUGUCGCCGAUUUUACGUUUCUCAAGGAUCUGCGAAUCGUGGGUGACGUUUCGGCAUCUGCAGUAAUCCGUUGCUGCGGUCCCCUGCCGACACUCGUUCACCUCGAGCUUUGUGCCUUGGCCGGAGCAGGGAAAUCUGACGGGCCUCUCCUGGAUGGUUUCUACGGACUAGAAGAAUUCUCGGUCCGCGGUCGUGCGUCGGUGAUCGCUCAUCUCUUGCAUCAUAUCAAAUCACCCAGCCUCUUCAAGGUCUCUGUGACCUUCCAAGACUAUAACUGGGAUCAAUGGACCGAAUGUCUCCAGCUGCUCUACCCUUUCAAAGGUUUGCUUCGUCAUCUUACAUGCAGGGGCUGUCUACUGGUUAUUGUAGACAAGCCUCCGCUUGUUCUCAAUUUUGGGUUCAUUAUGAAGCCUCUUUGGACCUUGGACGACUUCGAACCGUCAACCUCAGUUUUCUCAACCCUCUGGUACCAGUUGAGAUAG